CAUCAAGCUUCUCGGCAGCCCUAGAAACUGUAUAAAAGGGCUCGUGGCUCACAAUGCUUUUAACCGCUUCUCUGGACUUCAUCUCCUCGGUGAUCUCGGUUUCUCUCCAUCACACAAAGAUGUCUUGCUACACAGAAUGCGGGGUGGCCCGACCCAGACCAGUUUCCGGCACCUUCAACGAGCCGUGCGUGAGGCAGUGCCCUGACUCCCAAGUGCUGAUCAUGCCCUCGCCGGUUGCCAUGACCAUCCCGGGGCCCAUUAUGAGCACCUUCCCUCAGCACAGCGAAGUGGGAGCUGUGGGAGCCCCCCUGGUGGGAUCCGGCUACGGGGGCUCGUUUGGCGCUGGAGGACUGUUCGGCUCUGGGGCUGGUUACGGGGGAUUGUCUGGCUUGGGAGGAUCAGGUGGUUACGGGGGACUCUGUGGUUAUGGAGGUCGUUAUGGUUCUGGGAGAGGUUAUGGCACUGGGGUAUCUUGUCAUAGGUACCUGAGUGCAUGCGGCUCACCAUGUUAGACACGGCAGGAAUCUCUGUGGCCAAAAGAAAGACCAGGAAAUGAACAGCAACUGAUAGAUUCCGAUAACGAUUUCAGAAGGGCCAUGCUGGCCUGUCUCCAGCUGAGCUCCACACGAGCUGUAUCUGCCCAGCCCCUUUCUCUCAUUGACCCAUUUCUAAUGUCUUGCUAGGAACUUUCUGCCAAUGCUUUCCCAACCACAAGCUUAUUCUCUCUCGCACGUUUUGACUCACUCUGAAUUACGCUCACUGUGUUUGUAUGAACACCGCAGUGGGAAGGGAACAGGGCCCUUAAAAAACACAGUUUUUAUCAUCAGUUUAAUUUGUUUGUCUAAAUUUACAGCUGUAACAAAGGAAAAAGAAGCUUUUGCCUCCUAUGCAUUCGCAGCCCCUAUUAUAACACUGAGAAUCCAGUCUUCCUGCCUUGUGUUAUUGCUUUCUGUAACUGUUUAUUGCAAAUUUCAUUCACAUUAAAAACCAUGCUGCAUCAGA